UCCAGUUAUAACCAAAUUCUGCGCAUUUUCCUGUAGUAAAUAUUUUGCUUUUGUUUGUUACUGUCAGUAGUAUAAUAUAUUAGCCAACAAACACAAACACACACAUAUUACUAAUGCACUUCUACAUUCAGUGAGAGAAAAUAUAUCUUCAGAGUAUUCAGACCAAGAUUUACAUUUAGAAAGAGCCCACAAUGUUUCGGUUGCAAGCUCGACUGUCGACCCUGUGUCAAUCAGCCAGAGUGCAACUGCCCGACGUUGCUAGGGGACACAAUCACCAUGGUUACAAGCUGCCCCCAGGGGUGGCAUGUUGCUCAACUCAGGCCAAGUCGCAAAGCAAACCAGAGGAGAAAAUCAAGAAACUGAUGGUUGCUAACAGAGGUGAGAUUGCCAUAAGAGUGUUCCGAGCAUGUACAGAAAUGAACAUACAAACUGUGGCCAUCUACUCAGAACAAGACAUGAUGCACAUGCAUCGUCAGAAGGCGGACGAGUCCUACCUGAUUGGGAAAGGCUUGCCCCCAGUGGCUGCCUAUCUCAAUAUUCCAGAGAUCAUUCAGGUCGCAAAGGAAAACGGUGUUGAUGCCAUACAUCCUGGCUAUGGCUUCCUGUCAGAGAGAGAUGAUUUCGCACAGCAGGUGUUGGAUGCAGGGAUCAGAUUCAUUGGUCCUUCCCCAGAGGUUGUAAGGAAAAUGGGGGACAAAGUAGAAGCCAGGCAGGCAGCCAUUGCUGCUGGGGUACAGGUGGUUCCUGGAUCGGAUGGGCCGGUUGCCAGUAUCGAGGAGGCCAGACAUUUCUGUGAACAGUAUGGACUGCCCGUCAUCUUCAAGGCCGCGUACGGGGGAGGGGGGCGAGGCAUGAGGAUUGUCAGGUCAAUGGAGGAGGUGGAUGAGAAUUUCAGGAGAGCAACGUCAGAGGCUGAGGCAGCUUUUGGAAAUGGAGCUUUAUUCCUGGAGAAAUUCAUUGAAAGACCCAGGCACAUUGAAGUACAAAUUUUGGGUGACAGAGGUGGGAAUGUUGUCCAUCUGUAUGAGAGGGACUGCUCCGUACAGCGCCGUCAUCAGAAGGUGGUGGAGAUUGCCCCAGCCCCCAAACUUCCACUGGACAUUAGAGACAAGAUGACUGCUGACGCUGUGAAGCUGGCCCGGUUUGUGGGGUAUGAGAACGCAGGUACCGUGGAGUUUCUGUUGGAUCCCUCAGGACAGUAUUACUUUAUUGAGGUCAAUGCUCGUCUACAGGUGGAACAUACUGUCACUGAGGAAGUCACUGGGAUAGAUUUGGUGCAAAGUCAGAUUCAGAUAGCGGAGGGGAAGUUGCUGCCGGAGAUGGGCCUCAGUCAAGAUGAGAUAGACUUGCACGGCUGUGCCAUCCAGUGUAGGAUGACCACUGAGGACCCUGCCCGAGGCUUCCAGCCGGACACAGGCAGAAUCGAGGUAUUUAGGAGUGGAGAGGGUAUGGGAAUUCGACUGGACAGUGCCCUUGGAUUUGCAGGGGCCAUCAUCUCUCCCUACUAUGAUUCUCUGCUGGUCAAGGUCAUCGCCAAGGCCAGGGAUCAUCCAGCUGCCGCUGCUAAGAUGUUGAGAACUCUCAAAGAGUUCAGAAUCAGAGGGGUCAAGACCAACAUUCCCUUCCUGCUGAACGUCCUUCAACAUGACCAGUUCCUGUCGGGAGUAGUAGACACCUACUUUAUUGACGAGAACCCACAGCUGUUUAAAUUCUACCCCACCCAGAACCGUGCCCAGAAGCUGCUCUACUACCUGGCUCAGGUCAUGGUCAACGGUCCCCAGACACCCCUAGCGACCGACCUACAGCCCUCAGAUGUUGUCCCCUCUGUACCCCAGCUUCCUUUUGACAGAGAAUCUGACAUAGAAAAUGGUGACAACAGUUAUGGAUAUUAUGAGGAGAUGCGUUCUAUGGCCCCCACCCCACCCACCGGAUGGAGGGAUGUACUGGUCAAGGAGGGACCAGAGGCCUUUGCUAAGAAGGUCAGAGAGCAUAAGGGAUUAUUGUUGAUGGACACGACCUUCAGAGAUGCCCACCAGUCACUCUUAGCAACCAGGGUCAGGACCUAUGACCUCAAGAGAAUCUCACCGUUUGUGACUCAGCGGUUCAACAAUCUGUACAGCUUAGAGAACUGGGGAGGUGCCACCUUUGAUGUUGCUAUGCGCUUCCUCCACGAGUGUCCAUGGGAAAGACUGGAAGAGAUGAGGAAGCUCGUCCCCAAUGUUCCUUUUCAGAUGCUUUUGAGGGGUGCCAACGCUGUGGGCUACACCAAUUACCCUGACAAUGUGGUCUACAAGUUUUGUGACAUGGCUGUUAAGAGUGGGAUGGACAUUUUUAGAAUCUUUGACUCCCUGAACUAUCUCCCAAAUAUUGUUGUCGGAAUGGAUGCAGUAGGGAAAGCAGGUGGAGUGAUAGAAGCAGCAAUCUCCUACACUGGUGAUGUCUCGGACCCCAGUAAAACCAAGUAUAAUCUGGAGUACUAUGUCAAUCUGGCCACAGAACUGGUCAAAGCAGGAACUCAUAUUCUCAGUAUUAAGGAUAUGGCAGGUGUCCUGAAACCAAGGGCAGCUACAAUGUUGGUUGGGGCCUUGAGGGAGAAAUUCCCUGACAUCCCAAUCCAUGUCCACACCCACGACACGGCCUGUGCGGGGGUGGCAUCCAUGUUAGCGGCAGCUCAGGCAGGAGCCGAUGUGGUAGAUGUGGCAGUGGACUCCAUGUCUGGUCUGACCUCACAACCCAGCAUGGGGGCGGUGGUAGCAGCCCUCGAGGGAACGGACCUGGAUACAGGCAUCUCUUUGUCCGAUGUAACAGAUUACUCUGCGUACUGGGAACAGACCAGGAAUCUGUAUGCUCCUUUUGAAUGCUGUAAAACGCUAAAGAGUGGCAACUCUGAUGUCUAUAUAAACCAGAUUCCAGGUGGCCAAUACACAAACCUGCAGUUCCAGGCUUUCAGUCUCGGGUUAGCGGAUCAGUUUGAGGAGGUGAAGAAGAUGUAUGCGGAGGCCAAUCAACUCCUGGGAGAUAUUCCAAAGGUGACUCCUUCCUCAAAAGUGGUGGGAGAUAUGGCCCAGUUUAUGGUUCAGAACAAACUAACCAAGGAAAUGGUGGAGGACCGUGCAGAGGAGUUGUCUUUCCCUGUGUCGGUGAUUGAAUACUUCCAGGGAUAUCUCGGAGUACCGCCAGGGGGUUAUCCGGAACCACUCAGGACCAAGAUUCUGAAGGGACAGCAAGGUCUGGACGGUAGGCCUGGUGAGUCGCUCCCCCCUGUUGAUUUUGACAAACUGAAGGCGGACCUUGUCGAGAAGCAUGGUCACGAUGUGAAGGAGCAACAUGUCAUCAGUGCUGCCCUCUAUCCAAAGGUCACCGAUGACUUCCUGGAGUUCCAUGACAAGUACGGCCCUGUCGAUACACUCGACACAAAGAUCUUCUUUGUUGGACCUAAAGUUGCUCAGGAGAUGGAGGUGAAAAUAGAGAAAGGAAAAACUCUGUCUAUUAAAACUUUGGCAUGUGGAGAUCUAAACAAGAAUGGAGAGAGAGAAGUGUUCUUUGAAUUGAACGGACAACUAAGAUCUGUCAAGAUUAAAGAUGAAGAGGCUUCUAAGGAGCUGCAUUUUCAUCCUAAGGCAUUGAAAGGAGUGAGGGGGUCAGUUGGGGCACCAAUGCCCGGGGAGGUGAUUGAUGUCAAGGUCAAAGAAGGUGACAAGGUUGAGAAAGGUCAGCCGGUUCUGGUGCUCAGCGCCAUGAAGAUGGAAAUGGUGGUGACGGCACCAGCCUCAGGAACAGUGCGGUCCAUCGCGGUUGAGAAGAAAAUGAAGUUAGAGGGGGAUGAUUUGUUGAUGGACAUUGAGUGUGACUAAAUCCAAGGUUCAUCGAAGAUGGCGGGUCAUUGAAGGAUUCUUGUUGUUCAGCUUAUAUAUAGAAAAACUAGUUUUUUAUGGAUGUGUAUGUGGUGAAAUAGUAACUGUUGUUUGGGCAAAUUUUAUGAAUCAGUAUGUAUGUAGAAGGAAUUAGUCAGAGAAAUGUUUUGUAAUUUUUGGCAAAAUACAUUAUGUUUGAUGUAGACUGUAACAAAAAUCAUAGAGGAAAAUUUUUUUUCGUCAAAAGUAUAAAAUGAAAUCCGUAAAUAUGAAAUUUUGAAUUAAGUGAUUUUUUGAAGUGUUUUUUUUUUUAAAUGGAGUAAAUAUUAUAUACAGUGUAUAUACUGCACACUCCAUGAUGAGUUAUCAUAAUUGUUAUUUUGAAACAUCUAGAAAUCUGAGAAUGUGAAUAUCCAAGAUUUGGCAAAGGUCAGUAUUAAAAAGCUACUGAAGGCCAACAACAUGACCAAAUUCUGACAAAACGGAUUUAUUCACUCACAUUUUUGUAGUGCACAAUGCAUGAUAACAUUUAUUCACAGGUAUAGUUAAAAGUUUUAAUUUUUUUUCUUCAGAAAAUAGGUAUUGGCCCUGCAUCGUUAUUGCUGAUUUGCAAUAGUAUUAAAUUUUUGUUGAAAUGCUUGCUUGAUAACUAUCAAUUUUAUGGAAAUGAUUUUUGUAAAAUGGCAGGCCCAUCUGUUUGUUUUUUUAGUCCAUAAAAAUCUGCUGUUGAGGAUGUUCACUCAUUUAAAUGAAAAAUAAGUGCUAUUUUGUUUAGUGACUGUAUGACAGUGCAACAAUACACAAAACGUUGUUUUUUGUUGGUUUAUUGGUGAUUUGUGUUUACACAAGGAUUUGGAUUAUUCUGAUCUAGAAGCAUAAUAUAUUUUGUAAAUGACUUUCUUUACAAUUAAAUAUACAAUCCUGAAUAUUGAAUAUGAAUCUUCAGAAGUUGUUAAUUUUUAGUGCUUCAUUUUUUUUAUGUGAUUUAAGGUCGUGUAGGACACCUUCAUAUUGUGACGUACUUAAUUUUAGUAAAGAAAAUUUCUUUACCAAAUUUGUUACUUAACAGUGCAAUGGGUUAGAGUGUUAACUAUGAAGCUAUAAUCCAGGAGUUCGCAUCCCACUGGAGCUUUUAUAAUUUAAACUUUUAAAAAUGUUUAAAACAUUUUUUUUGGUCAGAUAUUGUAAAACUUGAAAAUUAUAAACCAGUGAAAGUGUACUUUUAUCCACAUUAAUAUCAAAAGGUGUCCCAUAUCAUCUUUAAAAAAAAUUCUCUCUCUACAUUCACAAGUGCUAGUCAUUGUUGACAUGAUUUGAUGUGAACUUUUCAACUUUAUCAAUGAUAAUGUGUUUCUUGAAUUGGAUAAAUAUAUAAAUAAACAGCUUCAAUUAUUAUACGUGGAGGAAGAUUGCGAGGAGGGUAUUUGAAUGAAAUAAAUGGUCAAUGCUUGAAUUUUGUUGAUGCAUAAUGAAAAAGUUGGGCUUUUCUAUGGGAAAGAGAAUCCCUAAAACCAACACAUAUUACGGAAAACAUUCCUUUGAAGAGACGAAGUGAAAAAAAACAACAUUAACUUAGUAAAGGCAAGGCAAUAAAGCAUAUUAAAUAUCAUCAGAAAACUUUCCCUAAGUAUAGUUUAGGUCUUGUAUACAAUGUCAAGAUAACAUGCCAGAUGAUGAACAUUGGUUUGUUUGAAUAUAUUUGUAUUUAUACAGUAUUUGGCAUUUUGAUAAAGGGAGAAUAUGGUGAUUGAUGAGAUAUCAGGGAAGCAGCAUGGUCUCUGUAACCAUGGCUCACUGUAAAGUCAAAGAAGCUGUUAAAUGUGACUAGCCUUCUAUUUCUGUUUAAGCCCAGUUUGAAAAUGCUAAAGUUACUUUUAUGGCCGAUGUUGAUAUGCAAGUACACGUACACUGUGGGAUAAUUAAUAUUUAUGGUGACUUAAAGUUAUUUUUUUUAUUUUGUUAGGUGCCCCUUAUCUGCAAGAUUACAUCUUCAAUGAAUUAUAAAACUGAGCUGUAAUAAUUAUGUGUAUAGGAAUGAAUGCAUGAAAUUAUAUCUCCUUGUACGUAUAAAAGAAAUCUGGCAAUUUAUGAAAAUUAGUCCCAACAAAUUUAAAAGAUUCUACAGUAUGAUGUUUUGAGUGUUGACUACAUAUAAGCUAGAAUACCGGUAAUAAAAAAAGUUGUCAUUCCUACUAGAAUUAUAAUUGUUUAUUGAUAUGUUCAAUUUCUUAUUGGACUUUCUGUAUUGGCUCUUGCAUUUAGAAACAAAAUAUAUGAAGGUAUCAACAAGUGUUCAUUUUCUAGGAAACCUUUAUAGAGGAAUUUAUUGGAUUGUAUGAUCAGAUAUUGUUUAGUUUUGUACAACUAUUUUUAUUAUAUUACUCAAUAUACAUGUAUGCAAAUUAAAUGUAUAGUCAAAAUAAAGGGGCAUUUUUUUAAAUUACACUUUAGAGUCAAAUGAUGUGUUAACCAGAUGGAUAAAGUGUUGCUCUAUUCUAGUGUUUUCUACUGACUUUUCAAAAUUUUCAUUUUUUUUUUAAUUUUGAAACAAAUUUUCAUUUUUUUAAAUUUUGAAACAGUCACUGUGUAUAACUUUUAAAUUCUGUCUUUUUAAUGGGCCAUUUCAUAUUUUGUUUUCUUUGCAAAAGCCAAUUGAUGCAUUGAUGCAACGGUGUAGUAUUUACAUAAUAGGUAUUGAUGCAGAAAACUAUGCUUUGUAUUAAUUUUAAAAGCAUAAUGUUAUACAAGCUGCUAAAAUCAUUAAAUCUAUGGCUUUAUCAGAUCUAAAUCAAAUGAUAUUAAACAUGAUUAUUGAGAUUGCUAAAUUUAUUUUUAUUCUGUGUAUUUGUUUUUAUUUGAAAAUAUUGAAGAUACAUUUACUCGUAUCCUGCAUUGCAAUUCUAGUAAUUUCAUUUUCAAUUAGAUAAUCAUGUGUGACCAACACAUUUCUUACAUGUGCAUCACAUUUCAUGAUAAUAUUGUAGUCAGAAGAAAAUACUAUGCAGGUAGAAAGAAGUAACGUUUUAAUGAACUCCUGAAAUGAAUUAAUAUAUCAAUAUCUAUAACAACUGAUGUAUUAUGUAGCUCCUGUAAUAAAACAGAAAAUGAAAUGCA